GGCGUAAGGGAAACCAACAGAAGGAGCAGGCAGAGUGGGAGGGGAGCAGAGGGAGAGGACGGAGAGGAGAGGAGCUGAGGGGGAAAAAAGGCUGAGUUUCAAGGCUGCUGUGGUUCAGACAUAAAGUCGGGCAACUCUCUAAGGCAGCAUGACUCUUCUUACAAUUGGACUGUGUCUGCCACUGUGGUUUUCUUAUUGCCUGGCUCAGUCCUCAUUUCUGGAAAGCUUCCUGUCAUUCCCAGCAGCUCUCAGAUCCCCGGAGCAGCAGAAGAGAUUUAACCCGUGCUGUUUACUGAGUCCUCCACCACCCCCACUCUUUCCUCCACCCCCUUCACUUUGGCGCCGCCACACGCUUGAAGAGGAAAGCUCCCAUCAUGGCAGUGAGUCUGGUCAUAAGAGUAAAGGUUCUACCUGUGUCCAGGGACCUCCUGGCCCUGCUGGACCGCCUGGACCUCAGGGUCCCCCUGGAUUUCCUGGGAUGAGAGGACCUAAAGGAGAAAAAGGAGAAAUCGGAAGACCUGGGCAAAAGGGUCGGACAGGGCCUCCUGGGCUUCCAGGGAAACAGGGACCUGCAGGAUUGCCAGGACCACCUGGGGACAAAGGUGGGAAAGGUGACCCGGGUUUGAUGGGUUUGCCUGGAUCUAGAGGACCAAUGGGGCCAAGGGGUUUACCUGGAUACAAAGGGGAAAAGGGUUCUCGAGGUGAUCGUGGUGAGCUUGGUCUUAAAGGAGACAAGGGUGCUACUGGCUUCCCAGGAAUGCUAGGACAAAAGGGUGAAAUGGGUCCAAAAGGAGAGCCUGGGAUCUCAGGAAACAGAGGACCUACAGGCCGUCCUGGAAAAAGAGGAAAACAGGGACAGAAAGGAGACCCUGGAAAAAUUGGUCCAAUUGGACCUACAGGUCCACAGGGAUCUCCUGGUCACCCUGGACCUCCUGGUUUACCUGCCGCAGGACUCUAUAUGGUUGGGACAAAAGGUGCUCGAGGUCCACCCGGUCCCCCUGGGAAGUGUAGCUGCAGCUCCCUCAGUGCUUCACCGUAUGAUGAUUAUCCCCACACAGGAACCUAUGCCAAAGUGCCUGUGAUAUUCGUGGUGAGUAAUGAGGAAGAACUGGAUCGGCUUCACACUGACAAUGCCCUUGCAUUCCGAAAAGACCAGAGAUCCCUCUAUUUUAAAGACAUUGAUGGCUGGCUGCCAAUCCAGACUUUUCCAUUCCAGAUGACGCCCUUCCAGUCCAUGGAAAAUGCACCAGACGAUGAGGGUUACUGCGGUGAUGGGAUAGUGCAGAUCAGCAACGGGGAGGAGUGUGACGACCGGAACAGAGUUGUUACAGAUGGCUGUGUCAAGUGUAAACAUGCUUACUGUGGAGACGGAUACCGCUAUGAUGGGGUUGAAGAGUGUGAUGGAAAAGACUUUGGAUACCAAACAUGCAACUCAUAUCUUCCAGGGUCUUAUGGUUUCCUCAAGUGCACACCUUACUGUGUUAUUGACUCUACAAACUGCAAGUUUUUUACUUGAGGAAGAGUCUGGAUACAGCGGCUGGAUCCUUUGUUCGCUGCUGCUUUACACACGAUGCAACUGUAUUCAUGCACACAACAGAUACAAGAAAAGGAAAACUUCUUGGAAAUCAACAGAUUUCCAAGAAAGCAAAGCAACAGAUGUUUUGCAGUAAAAGGACAAAAAAAUGACAUAUCUGUACAAAUGCACACACAAAUCAUCUGUUUUUCUGUGGAGAUGCCUCCCUGCUAUGGAGGCCCAAAAUCUGUAUGUGGGAAACAUGCAGGACAGCUGCACUCUGUCUUAAGAAGCAGGACUUCAACAGGCUUCCUCACCAUGCCACACCGGACCGGAACCAAAUGCUCCAAGUGUUCCAGAGAAGCAGCAGCUGACUCUAAAGUGCAUUCAUCCUGACCUGGUUACUGUUAGAAAACAUUACAGAACAAGAAGGAGAGACAGUUUGACAUAUUCUGCUGUACGGUGAAUAACAGCAAAAAAGACAUUUAGCUUAACGUAUCACAACAGCAGUGUCAAAAUCUGCAACUGGACCCACCCUAGAGUUUACCUUAGUUGUAUAUUUAAAUAUAAACAUAAAAAAAAGAAUAUAUAU